CGCCGACGAUCUCAAACGCCGCAACCAGGAAGCUCUUCAAGCUGUACAAGAAAUGAAGCUCAAGCGUGUCGAAGUCAAGACCCAGGGUGUUGACCUGCACCGCGUUGUCGGGGGCAAGAUUGCCAAGACAAGCGAGAAGGUCAAGAUCGGCAAGAAGGGCAAGAAGAAGAGCUCUAGGCGCCAAUGGGAUUCCGGAUUUGGCGUUGAUGAGAAUGUAGAAGAUGAUGAGCUUAAUGGCGAAGAGCAACCGAUUGCCGCGUAGACUGCACUUGGAUGCGGUCUCGAUAAGGUUUCCUGAGGCCCACUUUUCUUGGGCUCCACAAGGGAUGAUGUGUAUGUUCUUGGUCUUUGGCUUUUCGUCUUCUUUACUUCAAACCCACCUGGAUGUUGUCGUUGUAUAAGACCUUUUUCUAUCUGUCUCUUCUACACCUUUCUGGUUUUCUUUUCUCUCCCCAUUGGGGCUGGUACAAGUUGUUUGUCUCCCUUUUCUUUUGCAGA